AUGGGAAAGGAGAAUACAACACUGCUGACAGAGUUUGUCCUCACAGGACUCACAGAGCGUCUAGGGCUACGAGUGCCUCUGUUCCUGCUGUUCUUGGUAAUAUAUCUUGUCACGAUUGUGGGAAACCUUGGUCUCAUCACGCUCAUCUGGAAUGACCCUCACCUGCACAUUCCUAUGUACUUUUUCCUUGGGAGUUUGGCUUUUGUAGAUGCUUGGAUAUCAUCCACAGUGACUCCCAAUAUGUUGAUCAACUUAUUAGCCAAGAGAAAGAUGAUAUCACUGUCUGAAUGCAUGGUACAGUUUCUUGCCUUUGCGUUUGGUGGAACCACAGAAUGCUUUCUCUUAGGAACAAUGGCCUAUGAUCGCUAUGUGGCCAUAUGCAAACCUUUACUUUAUCCAGUGAUUAUGACUAAUAGACUAUGCAUCCGGCUAUUAGUUUCAUCAUUUGUAGGAGGCUUUCUUCAUUCCUUGUUUCAUGUGAUGUUUUUAUUCAGAUUAACUUUCUGCAAUUCUAACAUAAUACAUCACUUUUAUUGUGACAUUAUACCACUGUUUAACAUUUCCUGUACUGAUCCCUCUCUUAAUUUUCUAUUAGUAUUUAUUUUUUCUGGUUCAAUUCAAGUAUUCACCAUUGUGACAGUUCUCGUUUCUUAUACUCUGGUCUUGUUCACAGUUUUAAAAAAGAAGUCUGUCAAAGGCAUAAGGAAAGCUUUCUCUACAUGUGGAGCCCACCUCUUAUCUGUGUCUCUGUACUAUGGGCCCCUUCUCUUCAUGUAUGUCCUCCCUGCAUCGCAGCAAACAGAUAACCAAAGCAUGAUGGAUUCUCUCUUUUACACAGUUAUAAUUCCUGUGUUAAACCCCAUUAUCUACAGCUUGAGGAACAAACAAGUCUUAGAUUCAUUGACAAGAAUGUUAAAUAGAAAUGUCUAG